AUGGCUCUUCACCCGGCCCCCGAGAUCGCCCCCGCCGGCUCGGCCCAGAACACGCGCGCGGACCAGUUCACGCUCGCGUCCCUGUCCCGCGCCUCGCUGCACCCCUCGUCGCCCAUCCCCCAGUUCCACGACUGGUUCACGACGGCGCAGCAGUCUCACGCGGUGCCGCACCCGGAGACGUGCACCCUCUCGACGGCAUCGCUGCCUUCGGGGCGCGUAUCGGCGCGCAUGGUGUACCUCAAGGAACUUGACGCGCGCGGCGGCUUCGUUGUUUACACGAACCUUGGCACCUCGCGCAAGGCGGCCGACCUCGCGACCAACAAGCACGCGAGCCUGACCUUCUGGUGGGAGGCGCUGCAGAGGCAGGUCCGCGUUGAGGGCGUCGCCGGUCGCCUGAGCCCCGAGGAGAGUCAGGUCUACUUCGACACGCGCGUCCGCGGCAGCCGGCUGGGUGCAUGGGCCAGCAGGCAGAGCCAGGUGCUGGAGCCGCGGCCCGGCGUCGCGGGCGACGGCGAGGACGACGGGCGAGCACAGCUCGAGGACUGGGUGAGGGAGGUCGAGGAACGGUUCAAGGGCGAGGAGAAGAUUCCCGUGCCGGACUUCUGGGGCGGCUUGCGCAUCGUGCCGGAGAGGAUCGAGUUCUGGCAGGGCAGGGAGAACCGGCUGCACGAUCGCUUCGUAUACGACAAGGCCGAGGGGGAGGGGGAGGAGUGGACCAUUAACCGGCUGAGCCCUUAA